AUGCAAGUACUAUCUUUAGAUUCACUAUAUUUUUUUUACUUACUGAAACUUUGUAAAAGAGCAAAUGUAAUUUAAAUAAAAUCUAAAAAGAUUUCACAUAUUACUGCUUAUUGCUAAAAAUUUAACUAGAUUAAAAUCACAUUUUUAGUUUUCACGUCAAGCAACCCUUAUAAUUAAUCAAAAGCUGAUUGGCACAAAUAUUUGAUUAUUUAAAAGGUAAAUUUUUAAAUUGAAUUCAACUAAAUCAGCAAUAUUGAUGAGUUUUGA